ACCGACGUGUUCAAUUGGACACCGUGGUGGUAGAGGGCUGCUAUAAAUGCCAGGCUGAGUGGGACAGACUUACACAGCAACUGAAUCUCAACUCAGAAGCGCUACAACGAUCAGUAGCCUAACUUUACCUGCGAACCGGUUGCACUUCUGAAAUAAUAUAGGCUACAUCUGUUUGCUUUACGACUGUACUUUUAAAUAAACAAUAAUAGCAUAAUAAUAUUUUAUUCUCUUUUAAUUAGUCAUUUAAAGCACAUUCAAUGGAAUACCAAAAGGCGGCAGAAUUGAACAGUAUGGGCAAAGGCAAAAUCGUCACAGAGUAUCUUUGCCGUAACGGCUUUAGCGAGCUGACAGUCGAUUCGAAAAAAGUCUCUGUCCAGCACAAAAACGACACAUCCCGGAAAGAGACGGAGGAAGAGUCGCCGUUACCUGCUCUGGAGGCGGCGUACACAACCAUCCUGCGAGGUCUGGGAGAAAACACUGACCGACAGGGGCUCCUCAAAACCCCGCUCCGAGCUGCAAAGGCCAUGCAGUUCCUGACCAAAGGCUACCACGAGACCAUCUACGAUGUCCUUAAUGAUGCCAUCUUUGAUGAAAACCACGAAGAGCUAGUUAUUGUGAAAGAUAUUGACAUGUUUUCGCUUUGUGAACAUCAUCUAGUACCAUUUUUUGGCAAGGUUCACAUAGGAUAUCUGCCAAGUAAAAAGGUUGUUGGUCUCAGUAAGCUUGCGAGGAUUGUUGAAAUCUACAGUCGCAGACUUCAAGUCCAAGAACGCCUAACAAAGCAAAUAGCAAUGGCAAUCUCUGAGGCCUUGCAGCCUGUCGGUGUGGCAGUUGUCAUCGAAGCAGCUCACAUGUGUAUGGUCAUGCGUGGGGUGCAGAAGAUGAACAGUCGUACUGUGACCAGCGCCAUGCUGGGUGUGUUCAGAGAGGAUCCAAAAGCUCGAGAAGAGUUCCUGGCCCUGACCAAAGGUGCACAGUGAUCGCACUACCUCCCCAGCUCCAAUUCCAUCAGUGUGUUUACAGCCAAACAGGUCAACAAAUAUUCUCUACAUUUGAAACCCACAAUGGUGCUAAGAGAAUCUAACUGAGCCAGAGUUGUAGAUCUUUCCACCAGCUACUGAGACUCAGGGGUCUUCACUGUUUGAAUAGAAAAUGUGAAUAUUGAAAUAUCAGUGUUACAUGAACUACUAGUUUUGAGAAACUAACACCGAAUGGCCAAACAUUCACACAGCUGCCUUAAAACUGAUAUUUCUAUUAUCUAACUUCUGAUAUUAACAAAUACUAAAUUAAACAUAUUGCCUGAGAUACUUGUCUAACCUUAUGACUUUUUACAAAAUGAAGACAACUAAUUUGUAUGUAACUUUAAAAGAAAUACGUUUUUUUUGUCACAUACUCGGAUAAUAUUUAAGAGGUCAUAAGCAAACAUGAUGAAUUAUUUAUAGUUCCAUAAAUCAAUGAAAGGUUUCUUGUGACAUUACCGUGUGACAUAUUUUAUAAAUGGUUAAACAACAUUGCCAUUAGGAUAUUGUCACUUUUUUUACAUAAUGCAUUGAACUGAAUUGUAUAAGAAAUCGAAACAAAUGCCAACCACAACAAUAAAGCACCGUUAUGAGAUGCAUUUGUCUGUGUUUUUUUAUGCAAUUAACUGAUUUCUGCAAAAUGUAGUAACUAUUUUAUUUGUAAAGAAACAUUUACAGAUAAAAACUCACGUUGUCUCACGUUGUAAUACUGUAGGUGUCCAGGACAAUUCUUAAUUUAAUUGUUAUUUAGGAAAUUAUAUAAUACAGAAUCUAAGUAUUGCUUAAAAUAAGGUUAAAAAUAUACAUACUAUAAUAAGAUUAUCUAUAACAGUUACUAUCUACAAACCCUAUUAUACAAUUGUGUGGAUCUGAGAGAAAUUAAAUUCCAAAUGAUCACUAAAAAAGGAAACAACAGAUCUCCUGAAAACAUCUGGAACAGUGUUGACAAAAAGACACAAUGGCAGAAGAAUACGAAAUGGAAACUGACUAUAAACAGAACUGUACACUGAACUUGUAGCUGUCUUAUAUUGGUAUGUCAGUGUGCAUUUGUUUCAUAUUUACAUUAGAUUUUGUAAUAAUGACAAUGCCUUGACAACAGAAGAAGAAAUAUAACUUCAAAAAGAUCAAUAUAUUCAUAUUUUUUAAUUGCGGGAACAGGUAACAUUUAUAAGUGAAAGUCUAAACUUUGCUAAGAUCCAAUGGCUAAAUAAGUAAAAUAGGCCAUGAAGAGAACUUAUUUUUUAUUAAAUAGCCCUAUCACUGUCAUGUUUAGUGGAUUAAAAAAUGAUAAAUUAUUCACUUAAAAAAAACAAAAAGUUUUCAAAUGAAUUAGAACGUUUU